ACCUUAGAGAGUAAUCUAUGUGGAGAAAUCCUUUCGUUUGAUUCUUCUUUAGCAUACUAGAUAAAAUUAAAGUCUGACUUAAUUGUUUUACAACAUAUUUUAAUAAGAAACCAAUAGUAAUAAUGUAAACUCUAUUGUCGCAGAUUGAAAACCUUGCGUAAGAUUUAAAUGCACACAUUGAUACCGUUCUUUUAUCUAUUAUUAUCGUUAGAGGUUAUAAACUUUAAAUUUAAUAAUUUAGAAUUGGUAUGUUCUUAUAAGUACGAGAUAAUUAAAAAAAUAAAAAUAUCAAAAUCAAAAUGUCUACACGAUGGUAUCCUAUGUAUCAAAAAGGAAAUCCACAACUUAGAGUUUUUUUACCAAACUUCUGGUUAAAAUUAGUUCAAUCUGAACAUAACCAACCUAAUAAUGUAGUACAAUUUCAAUGUUCAAUGGAAAUGACAAAACAUGAUGUGGCAAAUUAUUUAGAAAAAAUUUAUAAUGUAAAACCUGUUCGAGUAAGAACAAGAAUAGCACUUGGAAAAACUAAACAACUACAUGGUCAUCAUUAUGUUAUUAAAGAUGAUGAUGUCAAGAUAGCUUAUGUUAUUUUGGAUAAAAAUCAAUCGUUUACAUUUCCUGAUCUUUUUCCAAAAGAUGAAAGCAAAAAGGGACCAACUUUAGAUGACGCAAAAAAAGAAUUUCAAUCAUAUUUAGAUGAUUGUAAAGAGCCAAAUGCUCCUGGAUGGUUCAGAAUUUAGAUUUCAUAUUUUCAUUAUAUUUAAUCCAACAAAUGUUUAUUUUAAAACGUUAAAUGUUAAUCUAAAAACAAAUACAAUAAAGUUAAUUUAGUUUUUAAUAACAUAUAAAAGAAUUUGUAAAAAUAAGAUGUUGUUUUUCUGCUGAUAACUUUUUUCAUUUUGCUUAAAAUAAGUAGUUCAAUGAAAAAAUAGGUUAUUAUUAUGAAGUAAUAUUGUACAGACGCUUUCAUUGUAAUUAUCAUGAAAUCAUGUGUUUGACAAAGAAAAUGAAUAAAAUAAAAUACAAUGAAAUAUCCACAAUUUUACAGAGCACAAAAUAACAGUACUUAUUACAAAUAUAUCUGUUGAAAAAUCCA